AUGGUCGAUACUGCUGUGGCGCCAGGCGUGCCGAUCGCGCCGCCGCAUUCGGUUGAGCCACCUGCUGCAAUCGCGCGUGCGCUGCCGGACCAGGUUCCGGAGAAUGCGCCGGAGCAUUGCCCCGGUGUCGAGUCGGACAAUGCAGGAAAAGCCGACGCGUGCCAGGGAUGCCCCAACCAAGACGCGUGCCAGACGGCGCCCAAAGGGCCUGAUCCUGAUCUGCCGCUGAUCCGCGAGCGUAUGGAAUGCAUCGACUCCAAGAUCCUUGUGCUGAGUGGCAAGGGUGGCGUCGGCAAGAGCACAUUCACCGCACAGCUCGCAUGGGCCUUUGCGAGCGACGAAAAGACACAGACGGCCGUCAUGGACACGGACGUGUGUGGCCCCUCGAUUCCCACGAUCCUCGGCCUAAAGAACCAAUACAUCCACGCCUCUUCGUCGGGCUGGACGCCAGUGUACGUCUCGGACAACCUUGCGUGCAUGUCGAUCGAAUUCCUCCUGCCAUCGUCCGAGAGCGCCAUCAUUUGGCGCGGCCCCAAGAAGAACGGGCUGAUCAAGCAGUUCCUCAAGGACGUCGACUGGUCCGGCGGCCUCGUCGAUGAGCUCGGGCCGUCGGCGCCCAAGACUGUGAUCGACUACCUGCUCGUCGACACGCCCCCGGGCACCUCUGACGAGCACCUGUCGAUCGUCGGCUUCCUGCGCGAGUCGGGCAUCGACGGUGCGGUGCUCAUCACGACGCCGCAGGAGGUGUCGCUGCAAGACGUACGCAAGGAGAUCUCGUUCUGCCGCAAAAUGAACGUGCCGAUUAUCGGUGUCGUCGAGAAUAUGGCCGGGUUUGUCUGCCCGUCGUGCCACGGCAAGUCGGACAUCUUUUUCCCGUCGACCGGUGGUGCGCCCGCGCUGUGCGAGGAGCUCGGUCUGACGUUCCUCGGCAGCGUUCCGCUCGAUCCCCGCAUCGCCAAGUGCUGCGACAUGGGCGAGAGCUUCGUCGACGAGCACCCUGACUCGCCCGCGAGCACUGCCUACUUGGAGAUUAUCGCCAAGAUCAAAAGCAAGGUCGCAGAGGCCAAGAAGAAUGCAUAG